AUGGCUUCAGAUCCAGGGCUGGCUGCGAUGCUGCUAUGGACUAUAUCACUACAGGCUCUGGGCACCACAGGAACUAACAGCAACGAAGUCAACCUACUGGACACGACGACCAUCACGGGAGACUGGGGCUGGCUAACGUAUCCGUCACAUGGGUGGGACGCCAUUAACGAGAUGGACGAGUACUUCAGUCCCAUCCACACAUACCAGGUGUGUAACGUGAUGAGCCCCAGCCAGAACAACUGGCUGAGGACGGGCUGGCUCCCCCGAGACGGAGCGAGGAGGAUCUACAUCGAGGUCAAGUUCACCCUGAGAGACUGCAACAGCAUGCCGGGAGUACUGGGCACCUGCAAGGAAACCUUCAACCUGUACUACUACGAGUCCGACAGAGCAGUGGGCUCUGCCGUACGGGAAAACCAGUUCAUCAAGAUUGACACCAUCGCUGCUGACGAGAGCUUCACGGGGGUGGACCUGGGAGUCCGCAGACUCAAACUCAACACAGAGGUGCGAGGCGUGGGCCCCCUCAGCAGGCGGGGCUUCUACCUGGCCUUCCAGGACAUCGGCGCCUGCAUCGCCCUGACCUCCGUGCGGGUGUACUACAAGCGCUGCGUAGGGGUGAGCCGCAACCUGGCCGUGUUCACCGAUGUGGUGACGGGGGCCGACUCAUCCUCCCUGGUGGAGGUCAGGGGUCAGUGUGUGGACCACGCGGAGGAAAGGGACACGCCCAAGAUGUACUGCAGCGCCGAGGGGGAGUGGCUGGUGCCCAUCGGGAGAUGCGUGUGCUCCGCCGGGUUCGAAGAACACAGGGACUCCUGCGUGGCCUGUGAGGUGGGAUUCUAUAAGCCGGUGGCAGGUGAUGGCCUGUGCGGUAAAUGUCCUCAACACAGCCACUCUGAGACCAGAGCCGCCCUCUCCUGCCCCUGUGACUCCAGCCACUACAGAGCAGCAGAUGACCCACCAGCGGCUCCAUGCUCCCGUCCUCCAUCUGCUCCGGUAAACGUCAUCUCCAUGGUCAAUGGGACGUCCGUGAAUUUAGAGUGGGAUCGCCCUCUGGAUACCGGAGGUCGCAGCGACCUAAAGUACAGCGUGCUGUGUCAGAAAUGCUCGGGGGAAGGGGGGCCCUGCGAGGACUGCGCAUCUUCCCCGGGAGGUGCCGGCGGCGGGAAGGCAGGAGGGGCGAGCGUCGGUUUUGGAGGGAUGGUGGAGCGCCUGGGCACCGCGGUGGUUCGAUUCGUUCCCCGCCAGACCGGGUUGACGGACCCACGGGUGACGGUGCUCAACCUGGUGGCUCACACCAACUACUCCUUCCGUCUCCUGGCCAUGAACGCAGUGACCCACCUGAGCAACGAGCCGUCACCUUACGCCUUGGUCAACAUCACAACGAACCAGGCAGCCCCCUCUGAAGUGAUGGCGAUCCGGCAGGAGAACACCAGCCAGAACAGUGUGCUCCUGAUGUGGCACGAACCCGACCAGCCCAACGGAGUCAUUCUGGAGUACGACAUCAAAUACUACGAGAAGGACAAUGAAGCGCACAGUUACUCCACCUUGAAGUCUAAAAAUACCAGCGCCCGGGUAUCAGGGCUGAAGCCGGGCACCAAGUACAUCUUCCAGGUCCGAGCCAGAACGUCGGCGGGCUGCGGACGCUUCAGCCAGAAUGUGGAGAUCCAGACUGGGAAAGCAGCUCCUCUGCGCUACAACACCAUGACCAUCAUCUGGAUCUGCAUGGCCCUGGUGUCCAGCCUGAUCACCUUUCUGGCCAUCAUCAUCUGCAGGAAACGACACUGUGGUUACAGCAAAGCCUUCCAGGACUCCGAUGAGGAGAAGAUGCAUUACCAGAACGGUCACGUGUCAUUUCCCGACGCGAGGUUCUACAUCGACCCGCACACAUACGAGGACCCCUGCCAGGCGGUCCACGAGUUCGCCCGAGAAAUUGAAGCUUCCAGGAUCAAAAUAGAGAAAAUCAUUGGCUCAGGGGAGUUCGGGGAGGUGUGUUAUGGGCGCAUGAGACUCCCGGGGAAGAGAGACAUCCCAGUGGCCCUGAAGACCCUGAAGGCGGGAUACACGGAGAAGCAGAAGAGGGACUUCCUGGCGGAGGCGUCCAUCAUGGCCCAGUUCGACCACCCCAACGUCAUCCGCCUUGAAGGAGUGGUAACCCAGAGCAAACCGGCGAUGAUCAUCACAGAGUACAUGGAGAACAGCUCUCUGGACUCCUUCCUCAGGAGGCACGAUGGCCAGUUCACCAUCAUCCAGCUGGUGGGUUUGCUGCGCGGCAUCGCGGCCGGUAUGACCUACCUGUCUGACCUGGGAUACAUCCACAGAGACCUGGCUGCCCGCAACAUCUUGGUCAACAGCAACCUGGUGUGUAAGGUGUCUGACUUCGGCCUGUCCCGGGUGCUGGAGGACGACCCCGACGCUGCAUACACCACCAGUGGCGGGAAAAUUCCAAUCCGCUGGACGGCCCCGGAGGCCAUCACCUACAGGAAGUUCUCCUCCUCCAGUGACGUGUGGAGCUACGGAGUGGUCAUGUGGGAGGUGAUGUCCUACGGAGAGCGACCGUACUGGAACCUCACCAACAGAGACGUGAUCAAAUCCGUGGAGGAGGGCUACAGGCUGCCCGCUCCCAUGGGCUGCCCCGGUCCUCUGCACACGCUCAUGCUGGACUGCUGGCAGAAGGACCGCAACGAGAGGCCGCGCUUCUGCCAGAUAGUCACCGUUCUCGACAAGCUAAUCCGCAACCCGGAGAACCUGAAGUCCAUGGACACGCUCUGCAGUUUAAACAGUCCCCCGCUGAUGGAGAGAGCCAUCCCCGACUUCAGUAGCUGUAACUCAGUAAAUGACUGGCUGGACACCAUAAAGAUGAGCCGCUACAAGGACCACUUUGCGGCAGGGGGGUACCAAACUCUGGGACACGUCAUAAGCAUGAACCAAGGGGACAUCCAGCGGCUCGGGGUGACACUGAUGGGCCACCAGAAGAAGAUCAUGACCAGCGUCCAGCUGAUGAGGGCGCAGGUCCUAAACAAAAGUGUGCCGUCUGUGCACGUAUAA